AUGAAUCUAUUCUUACUAAUGGCUACAUGGAGCUCACGAUCAUCGAAGCCUUCCGACUUAAUAAUUCCAGUACACACUUUGAAAUGUGUUGUUCCUACUACUGUAGCAUCUACUCAUAAAUCCAGUAAUACUUCUGAAAAGGAUACUGGAACCAAAAACCCUACACUGAUAAAAUAA